AGCUUGGCUGGGAACACAGUAUCAACCAACUUAUUUUUAGUUGAAAUGGAAUUCCCGAAACUAUAUACUUUCAUCUCAAUAUGGAAUAGCGUUGUAAGGUGUAAUGAAAUAAAUACAGUUGCUUUUAUAAAUUAAAGAUGAGACCUGCUAAACAAGUGAAAGCAGUAAGAGGACAGUUAGAAGUUCUAGAAGACUUUAAAGUCCAGAUUGAGGGUCUUCUCGGGAACAUAGUACAUGUCAUCAAAGUAGGAGAAUCAUGGAUAGGAGAAUCAGACAACCAAACAUUCACUGACAUUUAUCAGUUUCUGGCCAUUCAAACAGCGGAAUGCAUUAGCAAAUGUUCGUCUAUUUCAAAUGGAAGUGAAGACGCCUGUCAAUCAGCUGGCAUGACCGUACCAAAUGUGAAAGAAAAUACUCCAGUAACAGUUCCUGAUUUUACUUCUCAAGAUGACCAAAAAUUAAUUAAGCUGUUGCUUAGGAUUGAGAGCAUGGAAACUUCGCUUACAGAAAAUCUAAAAAGAAUGAAAUCUUUGAAUCAAAAGUUUAAAGAACAUGAAAGAAACACAAAGGAAAGUAUUUCAAAGGCACAAGAGGAAACUGAGAACUCAAACGCCAAGAAAUAUGAAAAAAUAAUAGAAGAGCUUCACGCUGCCAGCAGUUUUAUGUCUCAUCUACAAAAAGAAACUGAAUCAUUGUCUCAACAAAUAAAUGAAAGGGUCUUAACUGGUAGUCAUGAACCGAAUACGCUUGUUGAAUUUCAUGAACUGAAAUUAGAAAUCUCGAAAAACACUGAAAGCUUAAGCAAUAUAAAAUCUCUUUAUGAUACAUUAUCGAGUCAAGUGAAUGAAAAUGGUAAGAUAAUAUCUGACUUGUGCAUCUCUUUGGAGGAAAAGAAUAUGUUAAAUAGUCAAGGAAAGUCUACUCAAAUUACGACAGAAAAUUGCAAGCAUUGGGAAGACAAUACUACAAGCCAGAUAGAUUAUACUAAAAAUAAAGAUGACUUUUUAGAUCACGAGGAAUUUAGUUCAUUGGUAUGCCAAGCACCAGAAUUACAGAAGAUCUCCAGUAUUGAAAAUAUGUGUUUUAUUCCUUCUGGAAAAGAAGUAACUGGUAGUUCAGUAUCAGCCACAACAUUGAAAACGUCUAUGGAUGAGAAAGAUAUAGUAGAUAAAGGCUAUGACGAAAAGAUUAAUAAACUCUCAGAAGCCAUUGCUGAAAUGAAUCAGCAUGUCAGCUUUUAUGUAUUCGUCGCCAAUGAACGUACUCUGAAUUUAAGAGCUGAAAGGAAUUUUACCUGCUUUGACGCUGGCAAUGACGGAAACCAUUUUAAUGUAGUCACUGGAACAUUUACAGUGCCAUGCAGUGGCUUGUAUUUGUUUAGCUUGAUGUUGGACAUUGAUAGCCACGAAGAGAUGGAAUUCAAAAUUUUUGUGAAAUCUAAGAAUGAAGAGGAACUCUGCUUUACUUACUUGAAGAAAAUUAAUGACAGUACGACUGUAGUUUUCGCUUUAACGUUAUGCAAAGAUGAUGAGAUAUACAUUAGACCAUUUGAAAAUUAUUUCAAAGUAAAUGUCUGCGUUCAAUCAUAUUUCUCAUGCGCGUUACUAAAGACUUUUUAAGAUUGAAACUUUAUUUAAUAGAUUUUAAUUACGGCAUAUUUUUUUUUUGGGAAACUUUUAACAAUACGUCUAUUCUACUUAUACCUUCAUGGAACCUGGAACUUUCUGGUAAGAAAAAUCUGGACAAGAGUCUCGAAAACGACUCUAGCGAUUUUCAUAGAGAUUUCACAGUUGAUGUGUAUCGGCGGGAAAAGAAUUACUAACUCGUUGUCACACUGGGAACAUUAUAUUUUUACCAUUAUAAUUUUUUUCUUAAAAUAUUAUAAACGUUUUUCUUGUUAAUUGUAUUAUUAGUUAUUUUGUUUGGUAUCUCGAACAAGGGAAAUAUAUUGCAUAUAUAAUAUAUAUAAUGGUGAAUAAGGUGAAUAGCUCAUUAGCAGAGUGGUUCGUAUGUGAGCUUGAGGAGGCGUAAGUCAUGAGUUUGAAUGAAGAUCGCACCCCUUGUUAAAAUGCUUUAAAAGAAAAACAACAGAUUACGGAACAAUUCACCCAGAUAUCUCAAAAUAUAUAGGUGUAAUAAUAAAA